GGUUGUCGAAUCUUUAGAUUAUAGCAAUAUAUCAUAUUCUGGCGAAAUGUGCGUAUGUUAGCGUAUGUUAGCAGAUGUAAUAUAGCAAAGGGAUUGGGGAGAAAGAAAGAAAGAACCCUAAUUUAAAUUUAGGAACUUUAAAUUUUUUUCCAGUGAAUGUCCCCAAAAAUCAUUUACAUCCAUUCAAACCUCAACGUGGGGCUUCGUCUUCGUUGAUCUCUAAGCGCAUUUCAUCUCUCGUUCGAUCCACUUCUUCCUCGGAUCUCCAGCUGUUUUCCAGAUUCUUCGAUUGCGCGUUGGAGCUCGCUUCGUUACCGUAUGAGCAAGCGAUUGUUAUUACAAUGACGAACCAAGGCUCUGUAGAUGGGAUUCUAGACUUUCUCAAAAAGAACCGUUUCUCUAAAGCAGAGGAAGCUCUGCGUAACGAGCUCAACAACCGCUCUGACUUAAACGGGUUUCUCCAGAAGCUUAUUGUAGAGGAGAAAGAUUCAAGUAAAGGUUUAGAGCCAAGGGAUAGUGAAGUCUCCAAGGAGCUUAUUGUGAAAGAGGUGGACUUUGGGACUAGCGCCAAUGGGUCUGUAACCAAAUGGGAGAAUGGUAGUGAGAAGCCUAGCAGCAAGAAGGUUAUAUCGAGGGAGAUGAGUUUCACGUUCUCUGAAAACUCAGGUGAUCCUCCUGCUGCUGCUCCUGAUGCGCGUUCCUGUAAAUUUACUACUACUUCAGGUAACGGUACGUUGGACUCUUGUCGAAGCGCUGAUGAUGUUGGUGGUAGCAGUUUGGUGGAUUUGUAUGCGUUGGAACAGUCACGGCGUGGGGAUGUUGCUGAUAUUGAUAAGAAGGUUGUGGAGACUGGUGAAGAUAUUGUUUUCUUUGGUAAUAAGACUGCUUCUUGGUCUGGGAGUACUAGUAAAGGCAACUCCGGAUCUAAAACAAAUGAGACUGAUAGGCUAAUUGAAAAUUUUGGAAAGCAUGAAAACUAUAUGGGCAGUGUUCUCUUAAGAACUGAAGAUGUCGUAGAUACAAGAACAACCUCAGAUAACUGGAAAGAGUGUUCUGUGGAGACUCUUUUCGGAUCUUCAAGAGGGGGUGCAUCAACCAGCUACAAUCUGGCUACCAGUUUGGACAAAAGAGAGGGAAAGAAAAAGACAGACACUAGUGAUGUAAGGGAGGCGAUCAAACAGCAGGAGAGUGAGGUGGCUAGAGCUUUAUUCUUUGGUAAAACUCAAUCUACUUUUGAUGACAAGAGCAUAAGUAGUUUAGGUUUCCCGCUUGUCUAUGAUGCCCGGAAGGAAGAGUUCCCUAGGUUGCCUCCUGUUAAGCUCAAGUCUGAAGACAAUCCUCUGAGUCUUUACUGUGAAGAAAAGUUUGAGCGUGAUGGUUCUGGUUCAAGGCUAAUCAAUGAUGAGGAGGAGGCCCUUCUCAUAGGUUCGUACCUUGAUGUUCCCAUUGGACAAGAAAUCAGCUCAUCAGGUGGAAAAAAAUCGGCUGGGGGAAACUGGCUUUCAGUAAGUCAGGGAAUAGCAGAAGAUGCAUCAGAUCUUGUGUCUGGAUUUGCUACCAUCGGUGAUGGUUUGAGUGAAUCUGUUGAUUACCGUAAUGAAUACUGGGACUCUGACGAGUAUGAGGAUGAUGACGACAUUGGUUAUGUCAGACAACCUAUCGAGGACGAAACAUGGUUUCUUGCCCAUGAGAUUGAUUAUCCAAGUGAUCACGAGAAAGGGACGACCCGGGGAAGUCCUGAUCACCAUGAAAGAGAUACAACCAAAGACGAGGAAGAAGAUCAGUCUUAUACAGAGGAGGCUUCUUAUCUAUCUGGCGAACAGUACCCUCAAGCAAAAGAUACCGAACCUAUCUCUUCAGAAAAUGACAGAAGACUGACCGUCUCAGAGAUCUAUCCAGCUAGCAAGGAGAAUGAUUUAAUAUCCCAAUAUGAUGGGCAAUUGAUGGAUGAGGAAGUGCUCAGUUCGAUGCGUAAUGAGCCUGUUUGGCAGGGGUUUGUAGCUCAGACGAAUGAACUUCUCACGUUGGGUGGUGAUAAGAAAGGAGUAAAUGUUCAUCGAAAGUCUCAUCUUGAUGAUGUUUGCCUCGAAGAUGACCAGCAUGAUUCAGUCAGGUCGAUUGGUGUGGGUAUUAACAGCGAUGCAGCUGAUUUUGGGAGUGAAGUACGUGAAAGUUUGGCUGGAGGGAGCAGCGAGGGAGAUUUUGAGUACACCCGUGAUCAUGAUGCUGUAGUAUCCAGGUUUAGGCAGCUUUACUCGGAGUCAGACAAGAAACAUAUUGAUGGGGAAAACAAGAACAAACAGAAAGAUUACAUUGUAGAUAAUGAUUCAGGCGAGAGUUUUCAUGUGAAGACUCAAACUGAUGGAGGAGGUUUUUCAUUUGGCUCGUCGCGAAAAGAUGGGCAGUUGAUGCACGCAGAGUCUAGCAAAUCAUUAUGGUCAGGCAAUAACAAAACGGUGAUAAGAGAUAAGAAUGCCGAGCGUUUGAGUGCUACAACAGCUAAUGAUGAUAUGGUUGCAACUUGGAGACGGAAGAGUAGCGAUUCGUCAAGUUCUCAAAGUUCGGUGAAAGAAGAUAAUCCAACAUCUCCCUCUUCUCUGUCAAAUUACGCUUGCGAAGAAAGAAAGCGUGCUGAUAAAGAAGAUGAUAGAAACGAUAGCAGUGAAAGAGAGGAUGACAAUGCGACAGCUAUUGAUGAUGAAGAGGCAGUGGCUGUACAAGAGCAAGUAAGACAAAUUAAGGCCCAAGAGGAGGAGUUUGAAACCUUUAACCUCAAAAUCGUUCAUAGAAAAAACAGGACUGGAUUCGAAGAGGAAAAGAACUUCCACGUGGUUUUAAAUUCGGUAAUUGCUGGGCGUUACCAUGUGACUGAGUACCUUGGAUCAGCAGCCUUCAGCAAAGCCAUACAAGCGCAUGACUUACAGACAGGAAUGGACGUCUGUAUAAAAAUCAUAAAGAACAACAAAGACUUCUUUGACCAGAGUCUUGACGAGAUAAAACUUUUGAAGUAUGUCAACAAGCAUGAUCCUGCUGACAAAUACCAUCUUCUCCGGUUGUAUGAUUACUUUUACUACCGGGAGCAUUUGCUAAUUGUAUGUGAACUUCUUAAGGCCAAUCUAUACGAAUUCCACAAAUUUAACAGAGAAUCAGGUGGUGAAGUUUAUUUCACAAUGCCAAGAUUGCAGUCAAUCACUAUCCAAUGCCUUGAAGCACUUCAGUUUCUACAUGGCCUUGGACUUAUACACUGUGAUUUGAAGCCUGAGAACAUAUUGGUGAAAAGCUACAGCAGGUGUGAGAUAAAAGUCAUCGACCUUGGUAGUAGCUGUUUCGAGACGGAUCACCUAUGCUCCUAUGUCCAGUCGAGGUCGUAUAGAGCGCCAGAAGUAAUUUUGGGACUUCCUUAUGAUAAAAAGAUAGACGUGUGGUCUCUUGGAUGCAUUUUAGCUGAACUGUGUACAGGCAAUGUUCUUUUCCAGAAUGAUUCUCCAGCGAGUUUGCUAGCAAGGGUUAUGGGAAUCAUAGGAACUAUCGAUCAGGAAAUGCUUACCAAGGGACGUGAUUCCCACAAGUACUUUACUAAAAACAGAAUGCUCUACGAGCGGAAUCAGGAAAGCAACAGGUUGGAGUAUCUGAUACCUAAAAGAACAUCAUUGAGACAUAGGCUACCAAUGGGAGACCAAGGAUUCACAGACUUUGUGGCUCAUCUUCUUGAGAUAAACCCAAAGAAGCGUCCUUCUGCAUCAGAGGCUCUCAAGCACCCGUGGCUUUCAUACCCAUACGAACCAAUCUCUGCUUAAAACUCAACUCCUGAAACAAUGAGUUGACUUACUCUGGCUAGCAGCAAAAACCGCAGAUUAGUGAGGGAAAACCUUAUUUAUCUGUGCAAGCUUGACCCUUAAAAUGUAAGUUUUUCUUCCCUUGUGACUGUCUACUUCAGUCAAAAGAGGUUUGUGUGAGUGCAAAGGUGAAAUGACAAGAAAAAACUUUUUGUGAAAUUUGAUUAGAUCAUGUAACACUGUUGUUGUUGUUGUCAAACUUGUGAUUAUUAUUAUUAUUCUCUUAGAACAGAUUGUAGUAAAACUUUUUUUUUUUGUAUUAUCUGCUGAUCAUCCUUGGUCCUUUUGAUUA